AUGUUGUUUGUUCGAAUUCCGUCAGUGGGCGUCAGUCAGCAGACACGUCAGCAACAUGAUGACGCGGAGAAUGCAGGAGUUCAGGAAGAGGGGAAGGGGAGCAACGGGAGCGACGAAAAGCAGGCUGUUCGGUUCAUGGCUAUCGGACAAGUGGUGUACUUAUCGCCUGCUGUUUCCGCGGUCAAGGCGAGGCUUAAAUCGGGUACAGUUAUCAAAGUGCUGGCAGUGAAAUCGAAAGAAGUGAAGCGCGAGAAUCCAGAGCAGAUCAGCGCGGGCAACAGCAGCGGCAGCAGUGGCCCGAAUAACGCUGUCGCUGGGGUUGAGGCAACAGCGGAGGGGGAGGAGAGAAGUCCAGUGGUUGCUGAUUGCGCGCAUCCCCCGCUUGCAGCUCCUCAAAGUAAUCAGACUUGCGCGUCCAUGACCACUCCCCCCGGAAGUUCCACUCCUGAGAUUUCAGGCUCCCCUGCUGCUGACUUAGACUCUGCUCUCAUCUCUGCGCCAGCCUCCGCCCCUGCCCCCGUCUCCACCGCACUGGUCUCCGCCUACGUGCUUGCCUCCGCCUAUGCAUUCAUCUCCGCCUCCGCAUUCGCCUGCGCCUCCGCACUUGUCUCCGCCUCCGUAGCUGUCGAACCUUCUCCUUUCCCUGCGCCUGCCACGGGCACCACCAGCAUGGGCACCCCUACUACUGGCUCCGGCACCACCGACAUCGGAACCAGCAGCAGCAGCAGCUCCAGUGACCAAACCAGCAGCGGAGGAGGCAGCAGCAGUGGCACAGGCGCCCCCCCUCAUGCGGAGCACGCUCGUAUACCCCUCCAUCACGUGGAGCACGUGCCGCUGGCCCGGCCGCACAUGGUGCACUACGUGGACGUGCACCUGCCGUGGUCGCACUCCCUCUGCGCCUGCUGCCUCCCCCGCAUGCUCCGCCCCGCCCCGCCCGUCGCCUUCCAGAUCUCCUCCCUCUCCUCCCUGCGCAAGCACCUGCAGCAGCCCGUGCCGCCCUCCAUGCCGCCCUUUCGCCUCCCCAACAAGCCCUCGCCCUCAAUCCUCGCCUACUCCGCCACCGUUUCGCUCUCCGCCCCUCCUCUCCGCCCUGCAGGCAGGGCCGGCGCCGCUGUUCCUGCUGCUGCUGCGAGCGCUGCGCCUGAGCUGUCCCCCACCCCAUCAUUGGCGCAGCAUUAUCGGUGGAAGGUGGACGCGGCGCCUAUAGUUGCAGCUGAGGCCAUGAUGCUCGAAUGGCUGGCAGAGCCACGUGUCGGCCUGCUACUGGACCUCCAGCAUAUACGGCGCCAGCUGGCAUAUAUUCUGGGGAUUGAUAGUCUGGCUGCUGCGCGUGCAGCCGCUAGAACUAGAGGCACGGGAGAGGCAGCCAGCCGUCAAGAACUGUGGUGGUGCUGCUGGCAGUGCAGCCACUGCUGGACGCGCUACCGCCGUGCCGUGUCCAUCGCUGCUUUCAUCGUGCUUGUCGCCAAGUUCCCCCGCUUCGUCACGCUGUGGAGAGCACAUAUUCGGUCUGCUACUGUGGCGUUUCCCAACGUGGCGUUUCAGUUCGGCGCGGGGCGGCAGGCGCAGGGCGACUGCUUGGCGUCGCUGCUGCUGCAGUUCGCCCUCAAGUGCGCCACUCUCUUCUGCCAGCCACUCUUCGCCAAUUGUGCUGCUCUGGUCUUCUCGGACUCAGCUGGCAGCAGGAUCAAGGAGAGAGUGGAGGAUGCUGCCGUGGAGGAGGCACUUAACCGGCUGGCAGCGGGGGAGAAAGGCACACAGGGCAGUGGAGUGCAGGAUCGAGGGAAGCGAGCAAUAGAAUCAGAUCUCCCAAGAGCGUCUUCUGCUGCUGCUGCUGGGUCUACAGGUGCCAACAAGGGAUCCAGCACUGCAAGCAGCGCAAGGCUAGUGCCAGUGAACAGUAACGCGGUGGUUGGGCUGUUCACCUACCGAGUCACCUGCCUGCUGCGGUGGGUGCGGCUCUAUGGUUUCAGGGUUAACUCCUCUGAGCACUGCUUAUGCUCCGACCGGAAAAAACCUGCCAUCGCCCUCCCGCAUCCAAUCCACGACCUUCCGAACCUGCUGCAAAGGUUCGGCGCUGCGCCCAAGCCUCCGGCCACCACAGGCUCGGAAUCUUCGGCUGCCACGGGCUGGAAGGAAUUUCCAGAGGGGGACAGGGCGACAGUGACAGAGCGUGAGAGGGACACGGGGGAGUUCAUGGGGAUCAAGAUCCUUCAUGUGGGGCCGUUUCAGGGCGGUGAGGUGGAUAGGGAGGAGGUGAAGAAGGAGCACAACGUGAGGGAGCUCAACCUGCCCCCCCUGGGUGCACCGCCCACCGUGAACCGCAACCCUGGUGGCGGGUACACUCUGCAGGACAACACCAGCGGUCCGUAUUUCGCCACACUUAGCCAUCGCGUGGAGGAGUUUCUGAGAAGGUUCGCGCCGGCAAGGCUGGCAAGGGAGGGCAGGAACGGCCCUCUGGGGCGCGCUAUCACCUCCUGGGCUGGCCGCUUGGGCCUUGGUGAUCGUGCCUGGGCUGCUCUGGCUCUGGGGCCGUUUGCUCCUGUCAGGUUAAAGCCGAUCCUACGGUCCAGAGUCCAAGUUGAUAUCCUGAUAGAGAUGAUCGCGGGAAACAUUCUGCCUGCACCUGUGUGCACCCGCUGCGACCGCUGCAUUGGCAAGUACUACAUGGCUGUGAACCUCACAUCGCUCGUCGCCGCCUUCGCCUACCGCCCCUCGUCCGCGCUGCUGCGCUGCCUCCUCUCACUCUUCCCGCCGCGCUCGGCGCGCUUCAAAAGCUUCCUAGAAACUCUGGGCGUGGCGCCCGUCCCUGUGGUGGUCCCGGACUCGCUGGUGGCGCCGCUGCUGGAAGGCGUGAUGGAGGAGCAGCGGCUGCCGCUCAUCUACUAUGGCACUCAGCACAUUCUGAAAGAGGAAGGCUUGGAGGCCAUUCUGGAACUUGUUGAGCAGGACCGGGCGGCUGCUAGGAAGGAAGCUCUGUAUGCCAUGAUCAUUGCUGCUGGUGACCCUGGAGCCACUGGUGCGAUUGGGGGUAUGGGGACUGGCGAGGGGCGGAGGGGGAAGGCGGUGGCAUCGUACCUGGAGCCGUGGCCGGGGGGGGUGAAUCCUCUGGCGUGUUUGAGGGAGAUGCUGCUGGGGGAGACCAGCUACUGCCCCCAGGCUAAGUACAUCGCGCACGACGAGGACGGCCAAGCAGAAAACGUCGCCGCGGAUACGGAUGUGGACUCCGACGAUCUCGAGGAAAUACUGUCCUCGAGCGACAGUGAGUCGGACUCUGACAACUCUGGCGACGAUGAAAGCGAUGACGCGGAUGACGACAGAAACGACGCAACAGCCCGGAAAAAGGUUGGGCGUAAGCGCCGUAGAGGCAAGUCUGCUAGUAAAAAGGGCCCAUCCUAUAACAUGGAGUGGUCGGAAGAGGAGUUGGUUGAAUUGGCAGCCGCAUGCUGGUAUACCCGUGACGAUAUCAAAGCCUGCAAAGGGAAGCAGGGCUCACAAUACUGGAAAAGGCUACGGAAACACAUGAAGAAGGCGAACCCUGACUGGGAUCGUGAGAGCGGCGCCAUGCAGCAUGCGUGGAAGCGCAUCAUGGCGGAUUACCGCAAGUAUGCGCGUGCCGACACGGGAUCCGGCAACAAGGCCACCAAGAAACCGAAAUGGUGGGGAUACGUCCAAAAUCUGAAGCAUGGAACGGCUGCCGUGCGCCCACAUGUGGUGGAUGGCGGUGGCGCAGGGGAGACCAACGUUGACCCGAACGCCCACAUACCCGGCCCGCAGGCCUACGAUGCUGGCCCGUCUGCAGCUAGUCCAAGCCAACCGCGCCAACCUACACCUGUCCCUCUGGCUGACGGAUCAGGUGCCGGCACCCCGGGAAGGACUCCGCGGCGUCGCGUCGAUGAGACCGCAACCAUGGGUGGUGCGCGUCUGAUCUCGGAUACGAUCGUCGCCUGCACGAAAGAAGGCCUGCAGCAGUUGAAUCAGAUGGCGCAAUAUGUAGUAGCAGCAAUGACGUUGGCGGCACACGUGGUGCCUCCGCCUGCGAAUGCUGCCCCUCCUGGUACUGCACCCGCCAAUACUCAGCCGCCAGAGAGCGGAGUCACGGGCGAAGCGACGAGGACGGCACGCACCCUGUUCACCGCACCAGAGCAGCCGAAUGACACCCAGCAAGGGCCACCUACACAGCCCCAGUAG